UUGAAAUGGAUAGAUGAUAAUAACUCAAAAUUUUAAUUUUAGUUAUUUUUUUUGGUAUUAUUAGUAAUAAAUAGUAAUUAUACAAUUCUAGUUUUAAUUUGUCCGAACGUUAAAUUCUUAAUCAUUCAAUAUGUCAUUUGGUGGUUUUAUUGAUUUUUUUCAAAAAGGAAAAACAUUUAGACCAAAGAAAAAGUUUUCGCCAGGUACUCUUCGCUACUCACUGUACAAACAUGCACAAGCUUCAUUGAACUCCGGUAUUAAUUUAAGAAGUGCUGUGCAAUUGCCGCCUGGUGAAGACUUAUACGAUUGGAUUGCUGUUCAUGUGGUUGAUUUUUUCAAUCGUAUUAAUUUGAUUUAUGGUACAGUUUGCGACUACUGUACUGAUACAUCUUGUCCGACAAUGAGUGGUGGCCCUAAGUUUGAAUAUUUAUGGGCUGAUAAAGAAAAGUACAAAAAACCUACACAGUUACCUGCACCUCAAUAUAUUUCACUUCUAAUGGAUUGGAUUGAAGCUCAAAUAAAUAAUGAAAAUUUAUUUCCUGUGUCAACUGAUGUACCAUUUCCAAAAACAUUUAUGCCACUUUGCAAAAAAAUACUAACUCGAUUAUUUAGAGUAUUUGUACAUGUUUAUAUACAUCAUUUUGAUCGAAUUAUAUCUAUUGGCGCAGAGCCACAUGUGAAUACUUGUUAUAAGCAUUUCUAUUAUUUUAUAACGGAGUUUGAACUAGUCAUCAAUAAAGAAUUGGAACCAUUAAUGGAAAUGACAUCAAAAAUGUGCCAGGAUUCUCUUCAAAGUCAUUAAUAUUUUUAAUAUUUUGUAACCAAAUAGUAUUAUUUUACUAAUUGUAAAUAUAUUUUUACAAACACUAU